UCGGAAUGUGGACGUCAGGUCACAUGGGCGGCUGAUUAAAUAUUAAAGCAACGGGUGCUGUCCGAUGUGCUGAAGUCAGACGCUCAAGCUACUGUAGAUCGGAACGAGCGCAUCGGCUUUUCAACAAAAGACACUCUGCAGUGAGGAAAAGCGGCCAGUCUCACUUGUCUUGAGGGGCUUUUCAGAUAUGGUCUGGUCUAAGCACACUGCAAGUGCUGUGUUUCUGCUUAUCCUGACCCUCGUCAACUUACAAUAUGUUAGCCUUGCCCCUGUAGCACUGGAGAUUCAAGAAGGACACAUGCAUGAGUCUCCCCCUGCCAAUGAAAACGUACAACACCUUGACAUUAAGUCAAACCAGGAAAAACCUCAAGAAAAUGGGAAAGAUGUGCCAGAAAGAGGUAAAGAAAAUGAUAGGGAACUACAGAUCAGAUCUCUCUCUUAUUACCCAGGAACCAAGAACAGUCAAAGCAAUAGUGAUGAACUAUUCAAAGACAUUGACCCAAAAACAUUAGCUGCAGUUCUUCUUGAAGCUCUUAAUGAGAAUCAAGGUGCAGGACAAGAGCAGAAGGAAGGAGAGGCUUUAGCAGAACUAGCACAGCAACAAGAAGCCCAACGACGAGAUGAAGACCGGAUGACAGAGAAUGUGAAAAGUCAUACCUGGGCUGGAAGUGCAACUAAAAUGAGAGGAGAGGAUGGACCUCAAUGGAAGAGGCAGCAACAGCAGCUUGCAGAAAGUUCAAAAACUACUGAAGAGCAAGGGCUAACUCCACAAGAGUUAGAGAACUUGCAAGUCAUGCUAAAAGAGCUUCAAAAGUUCAGUACAGCCACCAAGAGGGAGAGAGCCUUCAAAGAACCUAACAGUUUGCUUCCACUGGAUAGAUACACUACUGAAAAACAAAACAACUUUGACUCUGGAGAGAAUGAUAUCCUUAAGGAACUGGCUGCCUAUGAAGAGCUUGUUGGCAGUCAACAUGUGAAAGGAGCAAAAAACAAAGAAGAACGUGAGGUACCUCAAAGAGGGAAAAAUAAACCCAUGACAAAGUUCUUCCAAGGAUUUAAGGACUAUGAUUCAGAUGAGGAGGCAGAAGCUGAGGAAGAGGAGGUGAGGAGGCAAGUAGCUGAAGCAGAAAAAGCUAGGGAGGAGGAGGAGAAGUUAACAGAUAUGGCUUCAGAUCUCCUUUUGCAAUACCUCCUGAAACAAGAAGGAACCUCUGAGGAUAAGGACAACCAUGGAAAAGAAGAAGGCUAUCAGGAUGAGUCUAAAAAGAGUUUAGAGCUAACAGAAGAAGAACAGGAAGAAGAGGAGGAGGAGAGACGAGGGGAAGAAAGUGAUGACAAUGCAGCUGAAGACAAGCGAUCAAAUGAGGAAAAUGGGGAGGAGGGUGGUGAUGAUAUUGAUCCCCAAACAAUUGAUAAACUUAUCGAAAUCUCAAGCAAGCUUCACCUCCCUGCUGAUGAUGUAAUUGACAUUAUCAAUGAUGUAGAGAAGAAGAAGAAAGAUGCCCCAGAACGGGCUGAGCCCAAACACCAUCCCACUCCUAAAGACCAUAUUAGAGCUCCAUCAGCUCCACAGAUAGCUCAGCCACAGCCAGUACAUCAGCAUCAAAAACAAAAGUCAAUUCAGCACAUGCCUGCAAGCAUGUAUUACCCUAAAUACCCACCACAGAGGUCUAGGCAUCACAUCAAUACAGAUAUUUCUUUGAGCAACAGAAUAGAUAACAACCUAGAUUACGAUGAAAUACCCAUGGCAAUUCCAAGACGAUACCAUCCAAAGCAGGCCCAGCAGAUCACAUUCUCCAACUACAUCAGACCUAGGACAUACCAGCCUCCGUUUCGUCGACAGUACUACUAUCCCCCUCGUCCUGCACUCAUGCAGAGAGAAGACUAUUAUGAUGAGACCCAAGAUAAUGAAGAAGAGUUGGAGAACUUCAUUGAAAAGAUCCUGUUCAAGCAUCCUGAAGUGUUUCAGUGAAUUCAAUGCAUCCAAAAGUGUUAGAAAAAAGUGGGAGUGAUACAUUUUUUUUUAAUGUCUGUGGAAUUAUAUCAGGUAAUUUAUGCAUGAGAUAGUCAACAUUACUGGGCAUUCCAAUCCAAAGUAAAUUCAGUGACAAGAGAAGGACAUUAAUCCAAACACAGAUGUUAACUUGAACCUUUCUAAAACAAAUUCAGAAAUGAGAAGGUGCAGUUUUCAGGUGCCAAACCAAUUCACUUAAAUACACACUAAAUGAAAAAGAAACCAAUAUGCUAUUCAGUUCUAUCCCUUCUCAAAUAGAGGCCCCAUGAAUGACGUCAUUUAAACAUCGAUAACCCUGAGGAUACCAUCUGCUAAUGUAGAAACAACUAUACCUCAGACGAUUCCUGACAUUUCUGCUACUGGUAAAAGUCAGCAGCUUUCCACCAAGCAUCUGUGAUGGGUUUUGUUUUUUCUUUUAGAACAAAUAUGCAAGAUAACAAUGGUCUGAUUGUUCAAUCAGUAAGAAUUUCUUAAGUUAACUGACUUAGAUUACUUAAAUGCAGUUGUCAACAAAAACUUUCAUACAAGUGCCAAUUACCUGCAUGGACUCCAAAUCAAAACAUCAUUUAAUUCACAUUGACUUCAUGAGAUAAUGUUAAACCAGUUGACAUUUCUUAUCUCAAUACAGUAAUAAUGUGCUUGGUUGAAUUAAACAUACUUUACUGCAGGUGAAAUAAGGUGAAUUUGACCGUGCAACCCAUAAGGAGCAUCCAGAAUAGUACCAUGACAUAUAACCACUAAGAAUGCUAAAUUUAUUUUAGAAAUAAAGUGGUCCAUUAUUAUUUGAAGACAAUGAAACAAUUAUAGAUAUUUAGCUAAAUAUUAUUACACAGGUCCAAUAAUAAUAACAACAAUAAUGGGGAAAAUCAUACAUUUUAGCGAUGACACAAUCAACUGCUAAUCCAUUGUGAGAUUACAACAUAACAAGAGAUGAAUGCAUCUAUUAAUGUAAUCAGUGGUAGAAUGUGACAGGACCAUGGCCAGAUGAUAUAUAUGACAGAUUAAUUACACAUAUUUAAAAUAUUUAAACUGUUCAAGAAUAAUUCAUAUAAAACAGAAAACAAUUAUCCUGUAAAUUAAAAACUAUUAUGUAUAUCUGGUUUUCUGCUUUCAAUACACCUUGUGAACUGCACAUUCUCAAACAAUGCCCUUGUCGUAAUGCCUUUAAUAAUAUUAACAAAAACCAACCUUUUUUAUUCCACAGAUUUUCUUUCCCAGUAUUAUCAUUGACAUGAGUAUCCUGUAAGACAUAGUAUUACAAGGUUGUAGACUGGGCAUGACCUCCAGUCUUCACUCUUCUCAGAAUGCCUGAGGUAGUAGUUAAAAUAAUCAAAGCUUGCCAAGGUUAUUGUGAAUUAGUCUUGUCAAGAAACAUUACUCUGAAUACUAUUAUGCAGUUGCUCUUGAUGAUGAAAAGACAAAAAAAGGAACCAUCAUACAUUCCAAAAGUAGUUGCCUUACAGUAGCCCCAGAGUGUUGGCAGGGAGCUGGUAUCAUGCUCAGGUAUGUACGGCUUGAGUGUCUGACAGCAGUGCAGUCAGUGGUACCCAGCAGUCCUAGUCAGGCAUGCUGUUUCGUGGUGUAACAGUGUUAGCUUCCCCAAACCCCCCAAAGUCUAUGGAUCACCAGCACUGGAAAGGGAAAACAAAUCCACCACCAAUAGAAAAGACCCUGUGGACUGUCUUGCUAUUUAGAACACUGAGAUCUGAAGAAGACUGCACGUGUGUUUGGUCUGCAUCCGUCAACUACUGUGGCAAGCGUAUUGCUUCUUUAAAAACAAAUAUGUAAAAAAAUAAAUAAAA